UGUCUGAAAAAUAAAGGAUCAAGUUAUCUUUGGAUAGUUUAAUUUAAAUGCAAUUUGAAUAGAAGGGCUUUUACUGCUGCCGAAAAUUAGUAGUCUUAGUAGCUAAAUUUGUUUACAUUUUUCACAACAUGGCGGAGAGUGGCAGACGAUCAAAUUCCAGGGGAAGCUUUACAAAAUUUGGAGCUUCGAACCCUCAGAAUGAUGCGUCACCUUCCCCUGCUCGGCAGCCGUCUGAUAUACUGAGCAGGGAGGAAGAAUACAAACGGCUAAAUGCGGAGCUGGAGAAAAAGACUGCCUCGCUUGUGCAGGAGGCUGAGAUGGUCAUGAGAGAGCAGGAGAAUGUUUUGUCCAAGUCUCGCUAUCUGGACAACAUCAACACGGAGGAUUUCCUCGAAGAACUAGAGGAUGGUGGCUCAGCUGGUACUAGCAAAAGGAGAACGCCGCAUGAAGAUGUCCGCCCCCCAUCAAAGAACAGCCGACCGGGCUCAGCGAAAAAACCUCCGUCUGCUGGAAAAAAGAAAUCCAAAACGCCCAGCUCAGCGGCGGAGGAUGUGGCAGUGGCAGACGACACGUUCAUGACGUCACUGUACCAGCAGUUUAGCGACAUGUCGUCGCGCUACGACACCACGGGCGAGGGAGGGGAGCUGGGAGGUUUUGGCGGUGCUGAUGUUGGCGGUGAUGAUGAUGAGGAUGAUGAUGAUGUUUUACCACAGGCUGCUGCUGAUAUGGGCUCAGGAAGUGGAGCAGAUGAAGAGGAGCCAGAAGCAGCAACAGACGUCUCAGUCGGCCACAGAAGUACGGCUAAACCGAGCGCUGGAGGAUAUAGAGAGAUACAGGGAGCAGUUACAGAGGACCAAGUCUGCCUCUAAGGACCACAGUGACGCAGACAAGCAUCGAGUAGAACAGUUACUGGCUCAGAACAAACGGCUGGAGAAACAGAAGAGUGAGCUCAUGGCUGGCUUCAGGAAGCAGAUGAAGCUCAUUGAUAUACUCAAGAGGCAGAAGAACGGUGUCUGUCUGUACUGCUGUUACACCACGAUAUGCCGCUCUCUAAACAUAGUCAAAAAUGUGCUGUAUGUAAUAAAAAAUGUGAAAUCUUCACUCUGGCAUUUUG